AAUUCCUUUCAGUUUUGAUUCAUCUCUUUGCUCGCAAAUAAUCAUGAUUUGUUGUUAAAUUUUUGAUUUGGAAUUUUUAUCAGUUGUUUUUUCUAUUUUUUUAUAAAUUUCGAUAAACUGUUCUGAAGCAUAUACAUAGAAAAGAAUAAGCAAUAAUAGAAAAAUAAAGGAUUCAGAAGGGGCGUUAAAGAUUCACUCUUUACUCAACCAUAAUAAUAAAAAAACAAGUGAUUGCAGACUGUGCGUUAAAAGGCAAAAACAAAUACCAAGAAGGUACAUACAUACAUGUAAAUAUACGUAUGCAGUGCAAUUCCUUCUCAAACAUUAGGAGCAUCAUAGGACCUGAUCUCAUUGAACGAUUAUCUUAAGCUCCCAAUAUUUGAAUCUAAGAAUGUCCAGCGGUGCCCUGCCAAAAACCAAGAGAUCCAAAUCAUCGCUCAAGUGUAGCGACUGGCGUGAAGAGGCAAAGGUACAAAAUUCCAAUAGUGAAUUCUCAUUUGAAUUAAAGCCAAAACCGAAAUUGACCUGCAUACCGGAAAAUUGUAGUAAAUUCUUCAGUGAUCUACGUGAACUAAAUUGCAGAAAAACGCAAUCAAUGAAUGUAUCCAAGAAUACCGAGAUGCCGGAGAAAUCGUGGUCUGUUUUGUUCAUCGGUUCAAAAAGCAAUCUGCAUGCCAAAAAUGUUAUGUGAACUUCUGGGCAAAUAUGAAAAUCUAUAUAAUAGGUAGGGUGGUUGUCGUAAGACACACUUAGACCUUCGGCAGGUCCAUUGUGAAUCUAUAUAAUAAGCCGUACAUAUUUUUUGGAGAGCUCCCACCCUUUCCUUUUGCGAAUUCGACGCUAAGUAAAACCUUAUUUCCAAAUUAUCGAUGAUAUUAUUAAGCAAAAUUAAUAAGAUAUGAACCAUUAAAUUGCAUGCAUUUCAUAAUAUUUUGAUGACAAAAAAUAAUACUUAUACAUUAAAAAUGAAUAAGGUCCUUUGGCUAAUAUGUUA